AUGGAUCCCGGGGAGCCAGCCCCCAAGCCUUUCCAGCAGCCUGAGAAGCCUGGUCGUGUCCGCCGUCGGAAGACCAGGCGGGAGCGUAACGAGGCCCUGGUGGGCAGUCGGCGGCCAUUGGCCUAUCAGCAUCCUCCUGUGGCCGGUCGGGAUCCACAUAUGGUAUUGCAGAAUUCUGGGGCCCCUACUGCUGCCAAGCUCGUGGUCAUAACCCAGGGCCGCCUGAGCCGGGACCACCGGGGUCUCUUCAACCAUGAGGUGAAAUCUCUGGAUGUGGCCCGGCUGCUUAGCAGUGGGUCUCUUGAGUCAGGCACCCCUGCACUCACCACCAAGUCCUCCCCAAGCCCAGGCAGGGGCCAGAAACCAUCCCUGAAGUCAAGGGGCAAGGAAAACCAGGUGCCUGGAGGCUCGGGCCCAGGCCCCCCCAACCCCCCACCACUCCCUGACUUGGAGCAGCUGCUGGGAGAGCUGCAAUGCCAGCUGAUUCUGCCACAAGCCUUCCCUAGAAGGAACCUAGUUCAAGAGGCCAGGGAUGCUAUCGUGGGCACUUUACAGGCCUGCCAUGGCUGUGUGCCAGACCUUACUCUGGUGCUCCGGGGCUGCCAGCCACACUUGCCAGGGACUGAGCUUGGGGCCCCAAAGAAACAAAGAAUGACACCUUCCUGCAUCAACAGUCCUGAGCAGGCCCCAGAGGAGGGGAGGCAGAGGAGAGGGCAGGAGCUCACCUUUGCCAUGCCUCCUGCCUCCAGUACUCCUGCUGUGCACCGAGUGAGCUUGGCACCACCGAAAGGUCCCUGGCCACCCCCAUUAUCCUCGUUGCCUUCGCCAUCUGGGGCAGCCUGGGGCCCCCCAACAGCCUUUGAUCUACUGAAAAGCAUCUGGCUAGUAGCCACACCUCCCCCUCCCCGGCCUUGGGGGGUUGGCCCUCCACAACUCCUGCCCCAGCCACCGUCACCCUUGUUGCCCCGAAGCUCUGCCUUGGACUGGAGCCCCAGCCCCCCAGCCCCACUGCCCAGCCUCUCCUGGGUGGUGGCUCAGAGCAGCCCAGAGGCCUGGUCCUUUCCACCCAUGAGACUGUACUGA